CAAGCGGUCCUACCUCCAGUAAAAAACAGCAGGGUGGCAGCAUUUACGUAGUAGAUGAAUAUGGACAGUUAUUACUAUUCACGUCGUCUCAGCUAUCGCGUUACAAGACGUACAGAAAUACAUCGAAGUAUUUUCAUAAUCGCAACUGUUUUAUAUUUAGCGCGUUCCCCGCUUACAGCUAACGUGUUUCAGAAUGUAACGACCUCAUUUAUGUUUUAUAUUCUUUUGAAUUUGUAUUACGUUCGUUGACUAGUCCACGCCCGUGAUUUUGUACGUGCUUUAAGCAAUUAAUAAAUAACAUUAUAUAUUUUUAACACGUUUUUAUUACUUGAUGGGUAUGCGGAAUAUUUAAACGUUAUUUUUAUCAUGUUCAAGCCCUACCAGAACUAUUUAUAUAUUUAAUUUACAGCAAUAAAUGGGUCAAUGGCACAUCUAGUAUAAGGUGAAGACCAGUGGCCAUAGACCUUAAUGUUGCUACCGCUUACUUUAGGAUCUGAGGUAGGUAGAAGUCUCAAUAUGGAACCCAUUAUUGCUUCGCAGUGUGCUCUUGUGUGCUCUUACUAUCCUAUCACUAGUAAAUGGAAUAUUUAAUUAUAGGAUGUUUGUUUACUACUCACGAGAACGUAUCUUGUCUUUCUCAGCUGAGUGGUCACAUCAUCAUGAUGUGACGCCCACUAUAAGAAAUAGGGUCUUUUAUACGUAAUUUUUCGACAUAAAAAUUAUUCGAUGUUAUUUUUAUUAAUAAGAAAGAAAAAUAAUAAUAUUCUAUUUAAAAAAAUCGAUAACCAAAAAUCAAUGUCGGUUGAGACGCGAUUAAUUUGAUCUGUAAAACUGCUAAAAUUGCACAGUGAGUUCCGUAUGAUAAGUUUUUCGUAUUCAUUGUCUCCUAGCUAAUACUUUCUCUUGUGUUAGGAGUGCCGGAAAUAUACACCAGGUAAAUAAGAUUACCGCGUAUCGGAAGACGUAGCGUGGUUAGGCCUCCGACAAGAUGGACCGACGACCUAUUGAGGUUCGCGGCGAUCCGCUGGAUGCAGGCAACGCAGGACAGAUCUUUGUGGCGAGGCUCGGGGAGGAGAUCUAUGUCCAGAAGUGGACGUCUGUGGGCUGAUAGAAAAUAAGAAUACCUAAUUAUCUUUAACAACAAAACACUGACUGUGAAGAGUUGAACCUACAUCCAAUGUUCAGUGGUACAGUCAUCAUUCACUAUACCGUACAAAGCAAACAAGGAACUUAUGUUCCGUAGCUUAACUAAUACAAUUUAUAGGUGGUAUUGUAUUGUAGAAAGGUAUACCAGUAUCCUACACUUUUCUACCGCGAAUUCAAUCGAUUCUGAGAUUUGACUUGACGUUUCGUGAUUGUGGUUUGAUAUGUAACGGCUAUGGUAGUUAUUUAAAAUAAGUUGGGUCGUGAGCUCAACCACAUCUUCUUCUUUUGAGUCGGCAUCUUCAUUUUUGAAGGUCGCAUCCAGUUUGAUGGCUGUUCUCUCAUUAGCCAUUGCACAAUUCCUCUCCACUUGUAUCUAAUUUCGUCAGUCCUGAGUGCUUUAGUUAUAGACAUGCCGGUAAAUGAUGCUCUUAGUUUUGGCCAGCCGGUAUACAUUUUUGUGACCUCGUGGUAUUUCUCGUCGACAUGAUCUACUACCAUCAGUUUUUCGAGGUUGUCAGGAUUCCUGCGAGAAAUGUGUCCAAAGUAGCUUAGUAUGCGCUGAUAGCAGAUCAUAGACAGCCUAGUUAUUAUGUAAAGUGUUGGUCCUACUGGUGGUAGGACCUAUUGUGCGUCCGCGCGGGUAGGUACCACCGCCCUGCCUAUUUCUGCCGUGAAGCAGUAAUGCGUUUCGGUUUGAAGGGUGGGGCAGCCGUUGUAACUAUACUUGAGACCUUAGAAUUUAUAUCUCAAGGUGGGUGGCGCAUUUACGUCGUAGAUGUCUAUGGGCUCCAGUAACCACUUAACACCAGGUGGGCUGUGAGCUCGUCCACCCAUCUAGCAAUAAAAAAAAAAAGUGUCUUAUGUGGAUAUAUGCCUCGCAAAAACCAAAGAAAAUACUAGACCAUCAUGGUCAUUGUUACUUCAGGUGUAUGUCUUAUAGCACGGCUUUAUUUAUUUAUAAAUUAAACGAGUUAUUUUCAUAUAUAACUUAACAAUAAAUCAAUAAAUAUGUACAAUGCCAUUACAAAAUAAAUGUUUCGGCAAUGAAGCUUGAUCAUAAGAUAGCAAUUAGUGAAAUAUGAGCCUUAAAUUAUUUUUAGAAAUUUUCUUUUGAUCUUAUUUAUUUUGCUGUAAGUGUGAAUAAUACGAUUUUGUUUUUUCUAAAAUGGUUUUUAUAUCGGCUAAAUUAGGAACGCCGUAACCCUGAUGAGGUCGUGUCGCGACCGUGACUUGUACCGUGUGAAAUUAACUCGUAGUGUCGCAACCUUACAAAUUAGGACAUCGCCGUUUUUAACUGAAGGCUCCAGCUAUUUGCUCCAUCACCGUCCGGCGCGUUGACUGUCUGAAAAUGAAUUGGACUGCGGCUCUAUUGCUCUUGUUCGUGGCUUCUGUCGUGGACCUCCAAGAAGCAGUUGAAGGCGACUGCUGCUCUGAUGCUCAGAACACCGAUGAUGUACAGGAAGAUCAGGGCCUGUUAGAGUUGGAAGCGGCUUGUCCAGAGUUGAGCGGACAGAUCAUAGGUGGGAGACCGAGCUCUGUCAGCAGACACCCUUAUCAGGUGUCGAUGGUGCUGAACGGUAACUCUUUCUGUGGAGGCUUCAUCAUCAGCAGAGACUUCGUGCUAACGGCCGCCCAUUGUGUUCAGAAUACGGUUCCAAGCGCUAUUCGCCUUAGGGUUGGCAGCACACGACGUGACUCCGGUGGCAGGAUAGUCAGGGUGUCCAAUGUGACUGUCCAUCCACAGUACGGAAACCCGCAGUUUGACAAUGACAUAGCUGUGCUCCGCUUGGCCCAGCCGUUGCCGGUCAAUGCUGCGAUACGGCCUAUUAGAUUGCCACAGAGAGGCCAGGCUGUGCCUCUCGUCCGAUUGACUGUCACUGGAUGGGGAUUGACUGCUCCUCGUGGUCGAAGAAUUCCUCGUAUAAUGAUGGAGGCUCAAGUACCAGUUGUGCCUCACUGGUUGUGUCGCUUGUCCUAUGGUGAUGCGUUGACCGGGAGUAUGUUUUGUGGCGGCCAUUUUCUUAUUGGAGGAGUAUCAUCCUGUCAGGGUGAUUCCGGAGGUCCAGCAGUCUUCAGAGGGACAGCGUUCGGCAUUGUAUCAUUCGCCAGAGGUUGCGCCCUUCCAUUGUCCCCCACCGUGUUCACCAACACAGCGGCCCUUAGAGAUUGGAUCACGGAUAACACUGGAGUUUGACGAGCCACAUUCAUAUUUAGAAUUUUAAUUUUAAAAUUUGUUUGUCGCAAAAGCUUAAUGAGUUGCUUAAAAUUUUUCAGUAUGUUUUGAUUUAAAUUUAUUGCAUUCCUAAUGUACUGCAGUGUAAUGCUGAAAUUUUUAAGUUUGUAUUUAAAAUGAGUUCAUCAUUUUGCCCGCUCCGCUGUAACUAUCGCUAAAUGAAUAUGCUCUUGUGAUGUCUACUGUCGCGAUACUUCGUAGGACAUUCCUAGUAGUGCUAGCAGCAACUUCAACCGAUUUCAUACCAAUCUGUUGAAUAUCUUAUGAACGCUUCGGAGACAAACAUACAUUUUAUUUUUAUUGAAUGUUGGCAAGUUCUCAAUCGCGUCCUCGAUAUUUUGAGUAGUCUUUUAGUUAACGCAGCGAUGCGAUGAAAUAAAAAAAACUUUAACAUCGUCGUUGUUAAACAAAUAUCUGCUAUGUGCAGUUUUUGGAAAUUUAGAAAUUUUAAAACAUAGUCAUAAACAAAUUUUCACAUAAAAAGAAAAAAAUAAUGUUGCUGUAUUUUUUUGCGCACGGCAGAUUCGUUUAACUUUGGUACAUGGUGUAUGAUCAUGAGCUCACCUAAAUAACUAUUGUUUUAAUAAUUUUAAAUUUAUUUAACACGGGAUGAGUAUCUCACGAAACUCGUCGGUAGAUCACCGUAUGUGACUGCGUAUUAACAACGAUCCCUUUCUCCUGGACCUAUUAUGCAUUACAGCGCAUAUCCAAGGAAUUUCAUAUAACAAAAAAGAUACUGGUAUAAUCAAAAUGGUCAAACCGCGAUACUGUACGUUGGGUAGUUUCCUAUUAUAAGAUAAAGAUUCCGAAAUCGAAGACAGCUGGUAGAAUUGGUGAAUUCAAAAAUGAUUUUGUUAAAAAUAACGUAUACAUGUUUUGAUAAAGAUAUUUGUACAGCACGCAAUGUACAGUACUAAAAAUAAGAUGACGUGCGGGGUCGACGACCUUGCGCGACGCGGGGAGACGUCCGCUGGCUGUGUUCGAUUCUUAGACUUUCAGUAAUUUUCUUUCCAGUUCCGGAAAUUAUUACCACAUAGAUACUAACUAUGGAAAGUAGUAUCACAUUUCCAGUCACACGUGACCUCACGUGAGAAUGAUAAAAAACACCUCUCCUCUACUUAUUUAUAAAUUUUACAUUGUUACAAUGAAAAUUUACAGUAUUAUUGUGGUAUUUGAUUGAAAUUUUAAAUUAAAUUAAAAAUAAUUUAAUUUAUAAAAUUAGAUAGUUAUUAAGUCAUUAUGAAAUUAAUGUUUUGUGAUUUUUAUUUAUUAUUGUACCGAUCACCUGUUAAUGGGGUCAAUGAUUUGUAUUUUUAUAAUUAAUUAGAAACGGAACAAAUUCGUUUCUUUAAGGUUGUUUUUUUGUUUUUUAAUAAACUGUGAUUGUCC